AUGUCAUUUCAUGCUCCAGGUCAGCAGGGGUCUCAUUUGGGUGGUCAUACAAACACAUCUUAUGAUUUCCAGGAAACCUAUGAGGGAUUGGGUGAAGUUGAUGACGAUGAUGCCUUGAACAGCGAAACAUUUGGUGUUUCUGAUGUUGGCAAAGAUUUUGAUUUCGGACAAACAGCCGUAUCACACUCGACAUCCCAGACCAUCAAUCCUCAAAUAUCAUAUGCGCGAGCUGCUGCAAACGAUGAUGAUUUUAUGAAAGAUUUAUGGGGGAUGCCUGCUCAUAACAAGCAGGAUGAAUCGAAACCUAUUGAGCAAGAGAAAAAAUUUCUUAGCUUGGAGGAAAUUGAAGCGCUGUUGUCUCAGAGCAAUCUAUCUCAAAGGCAAGGUGAGAAUUUUGUUCCUCCACAGCAGCAGUACUACCCUGGGGCUUUUCCACAAAAUCAAUUCGGUGGCUUCAUGGUCCCACAAGGUUUCAUCCCCCCACCUGGUCCAUAUGGAGUACCUCCACCACCCCAAUUUGUGACCAUGCAACAUCCAAAUGGGUACAUGAUGAACCAAGGACAAGGCUUUCCUGCCGCUCCUAUCCCAGCAGAAGCCAAACACUCGAUUGGCAUUUCUCAAGCGGAAAAUUUCACCAGACCAAGGGAGAAUGUUCCUCAACAUACUUUGGGGGAUGUGAGCAACGUGAAAUCCAACUUGAGAAAUGAAUCAGGAACAAAUCAAGCAGUUGUAUCCAGAGAUGCCGAUAAAUUGGGCGAAUUUCCACUUUUAGGAGCGCCAAAUACCUCAAGUAAGCGCUUACAAGCUCAGAAAGUGGCGUCACACAGUCAUGAUCCAAAGACAGAGGAGGUCCGCCCCGAGGAGCUGGCCCCAAUUAAUGAAGAACAACAUGCCCUCAUGUUGAAGCGUCAGGAGAAAGUGGCACGCAUUAUGCGCUACUCAGGUGUGAUGAAUCCAAAAGACAAAGACUUUGUUACAAGAUUUCAGCUCUCCCAGAUUGUUACGGAUGACCCCUACAACGAGGACUUUUACGCUCAAGUGUAUCGUGUCAUCCAUCCGAAAUCCACUCCAGGUGCUUUGGCACCUUCUCAUGGGCAACAAGAACCCAAUUCUAUUGCUCAAGCGUAUCUCGACCAAAGUGGACAUAGACUUGGUGGUAGAUUCAAACGCGCGGAUGUUGCAUUGCAAAGAAUGCAGCAACAAGUCCAAAAGGCUGUUAGUGUAGCAAAGGAGCGUCAAAGUUUGCCUCACAAUGAAAGAGAGGGUGUCUUAGGAAAAAUAUCUGUUGGUUCAGGAAAGAAACCUAGGCAGCAGUUAACCAUUUUGAGCAAAGCGGCUCAACGAGCAAAGGAUGUUUCGAGCAGUGCUUCUGAUGAUCAACCCAUUGCCCCAAGCCAACGGGUUAAGAAGUACACGAGGAAGGACAUCUUGGCUAUCUUGGAGGAUAUUAUUAACAACCUCAUGGCCGUCGAGAGUGACUCGCGCACUGAUGCACAUGUGGAUACAUCAUCGCUAUGGAACUCGCUACACGUUUUGGAUAGCUCUUCCUCUUCUGGAGAUGAUGAGCUGUUUGUGAAUCCCUUCAUUCAGUGUUUAAAUCAUGAGAAGGCUUUAAAAAUACUUCCACGUUUGUUUAAGUUCUUAUCCAGGCAACAGACACUUACAAUUGUGACCUUGGUUAUGUCAAAUCUUGAGAACUUGAAUGUUAUCAAGGAAGGAUCGUACACAAUUUAUCCAAACAAAACCAUUCCGUCAAAAGUUUUAAGGCUCGUUGAUAUCUAUUCGUUAACCUUUUGCAAAAUCUUGAUGAAUUCAGUUCAAGAAUUCAAGUUUCAUGAAAUCAUAGGGCUUCUCGUCAUUUUGAUCCAGCAUAAUGUUGUGUCAUUUGUGUCAACAACGAAGAUCGGGUUGUCUAUUAUUACAAGUUUGCUCUCACGAGCAGAACUUAUCAGAGGAGAGGGAACAAUAUCUGCUACCGAUUUGUCCGAAUGGACAUCCUGCUACGACGAGUUGUUCACUGCUCUAGAGUCAAGACUAGCUGCGAUUUUCCCUCCUUCCAACAACGACUCUCAAAACGAUUACGUUUGGCAGUUCUUGGCAACUUUGUCACUUGGAGGCAAACUAAGCCACCAACGUAUCAUAGUUGACGAGGUAAGGGAUGAAAUUUUUGGAGUUAUGAACCGAGCAAAAGCCAUUGCAAAUACUGAUAUGGACAAGUUGCACGAAAAGCAAAGCAUGUUGAAUAACUUGAAUAUGUACUUGGUUGUAAUGGGCUUGGUGGCAAACGAGAAUGAAAUUCUGGAAUUGCAAAAUUAG